GCAUUACAUGUUACUUUCGGUUUUUGUUUUAAUUAACUACCAUAAGUUUAAGUUGUAGCAGCAUCAGCACGCCUACAACAUGCACAAACCCAUUGAGAAAUACCUCGCAGAGGACAGAUGGUAGAUUGAGUUGUGAAUACCUGUGCUACUUUUAGUUACUGCACACCAUUCUCAUGUUUCCCUGCGUUUGCCAGACCCCUGUCUGUGUUCCGAUGAACCUGGUGCCAAGGCUUAUGUAUAAGCUGUUCCCACGCCUGUGCUUGAAAAGGGGUCCAGUGUGAUUCUGAAUGAUCCAUUAAGCACAGAUUGGACCAAGCUGUGAUAAUUGUGCAGGAAUUAGAUCAUUUGAAUUCAUAUAGUAGUGUAUCCAAUCAUCCUAAAUACUUCUAAGAUGAUUGCUGCACAUAUGCAUUCAAAAGUAGUCAUUUUUUAUCUUUCUUUGCACAUAGCUCCAGCUCCUGAUACUCAGGUCUUCUACUCUGCAAGCCCACGAGGCCGCUCCUCCAGCCUUUGAUGCCCACACUCUUUGAAGCAGGUGGACAGACAUAGGCAUGAGUAACAGUGGGACCAAAGAGCCGUCUCCCCAGCCAAGCACUGCCCAGUCACCUCCUGAGCCUCAGCGCAGGGGCAGGGGUCGGCCACGGAAACAGCAGCAGGAGCCUGUUGGACCACCGACUCCAAAGCGACCAAGAGGACGACCAAAAGGCAGCAAGAACAAAGGCCCCAAAACUGCACUGAAGAAAGUAGAGCCUGUUGGGGAGAGACGACCACGUGGGCGACCAAGGAAAUGGCCACAGAAAGUAGUUCAAGAAGUAACUGAAGAGCAGCAGGGCCCUUCAGAAGAAGGUGAGGAGGGUCCCUCACAGAUUGAGCCCUCGUCAUCUCAGGUCCCAGCACAGGAGGAAGGGGAGUAGAUAGGAUGCCUCUCUACCUACCUCAAGGUUUGGCCUCAAACAAACAGGGGUACAAUCUGACUCCUAUUUGUGAUGGGGAUUCAGGAACACACCCACACACACAAAAUCAUUGCAGACAGUGGUUUCUUCUCCUCAACCAUGGAUUUUUUGGGUGAACAUUGGAUUGGAUUUGAUCUUUGGAUAGGGCUUUUGUUGUAGGGAACAGUUUGACAUUUUGGGUUAUUUGCUUUCUUGCAGAGAGUCAGAUUAAUACCACUCUCAUGUCUGUAAGAUAUAUAUGACGCAACCACCAGCAGCCAGUUAGCUUAGUUUAGCAUAAAGCAUGGAAAGAGAGUGAAAUAGCCAGCCUGGCUAUGUCUUAACAUAUCAAUAUCUGUCUUUUAGCGCCACUAAAGCUCACUAAUUAACAUGUUAUAUCUUGUCUGUUUAAUCUGUUUAAAUUGUUAAAAUGGCAAUUUGUGGGUUUUACAGGGGAUGUGUGCCUUUAAGCUUUAGAAAUGCAGGCAGAUUUUGUUACCUUUGGAGAUAGUCUAGCUGAUUCUCUCCGUUUGAAGUCUUAAUGCUAAGCUAACCUUUUUUCGUGGUAUUAAUAUUCUUAUCUUACUCUCAGUAAGAAAGGAAAGAAGCAAAUUACCCAAAAUGUCAAACAGUGCCUUUAAAGAUGCACGCUUUCCUGAACCUCUCAGUGUGUGUGUGUGUGUGUGUGUGUGUGUGUGUGUGUGUGUGUGUGUGUGUGUGUGUGUGUGUGUGUG